AUGGAACCUCUUAUUGAUCCUUUGCAUGAUCGUGCUAUAGGAGAUGUGCCCGCUCCACCUCACAGGCCUCUAGAUAGAAAUAUUUUAUACCCAAAUGGCAUCAUAAGUCCUCCAGAUUGAAGAAUACUGAGAAGCCAUCUUUACUCUGAAGGAAGAGUCAAUAAAGCUGAAUGUCUAUUGCUCAUUCACCAAACAACUGAAGUUUUUCGAAAAGAACGAAACUUGUUAGAACUAAAAGACCCAGUAACUGUUGUUGGUGAUAUUCAUGGACAGUUUUACGACUUCAUGAGGAUUCUAGAAUUAGGCGGAGACUUUGACAAGACAAAAUAUCUAUUUUUAGGAGAUUAUGUGGACAGAGGCGCUUUUUCUAUAGAAGUGGUCAUGCUGCUGUAUGCGAUAAAGCUGAAUUAUCCUGGAACCGUAUAUAUGAUUCGAGGAAAUCAUGAAUGCAGACAGAUGACGGCUUUUUUUAAUUUUCGUACAGAGUGCUUGAAUAAAUUUGAUUUAGAAACUUAUGAUGCUGUGAUGGAGAGUUUUGACGCGUUGCCAACUGCCUGCCUAGUAAAUAAUAAGUUUUUAGCGAUUCAUGGAGGAAUCUCACCGGAGCUGGUCACUAUAGAAGAUAUAAGCAGACUAAGCAGAUUUCAAGAACCCCCAAGACAAGGACUUUAUUGUGAUUUGCUAUGGUCUGACCCCAUAGACAAUGAUACUGGCCAUUGCACAGAUAAAUACAAAAUCAAUGACGUAAGAGGUUGCAGCGUUUAUUUCGGCCAAGUUGCUGUUAAUACUUUUUUAAAACGAAACAGACUUCUCUCAGUUCUUCGAGCUCAUGAAGCCCAAGUUGAUGGCUACAAGAUGCACAGAUGAAAUGGCAACACUGAAUUCCCUGUAGUCAUAACUGUAUUUUCAGCUCCAAAUUACUGUGAUGUCUAUAACAAUAAAGCCGCCAUGCUGAAAUUCGAAAACAACACUUUGAAUAUUCAGCAAUUCAACUAUACUGAGCACCCUUAUAUUUUGCCUAACUUUUUAGAUGUUUUUACUUGGAGUGCUCCUUUUGUUAUAGAAAAGGUGCUUGAAAUGCUUCAUAAUAUCAUAAAAUCACGCAAAGAUGAGCCUGAAGAAAACAUUGACCCAACGUCUGGUGAAAGGGUAAAAGAGCUAAUUCCUAGGUUAGAUCUUUAUAAAACUCAUUUAAACUUUAUUUGCUGAAAUAAAAAAAUUUUGAAUAUAAUUUAUCUUGUGCAUAUAUUUUUGUUAUAAUGAUAAGAUCUUAAGCUAAUUCUAUUAUAUUUUAAACUGCUUGACAAUAAAGAAUUAAUUUUAUGAAUUAAAUAAGAUUUUCAAUUUAAAUAUUUUGAAAUAAAACAAAUUAGCCCCUUGAUUAAUGAACAAAAAAAUUUUGUUACAACCAAGAGGAUUAAAGGAUAAUUUGAGAGAUUCUAAGCUUGAAAAGCUAAGAAACAAAGUCAAAGCAGUCUCAAGAAUGAUGAAAAUGUUCAGAACACUUAGAGAAGACAAAGAAAUUAUUUUGCAACUUAAAGGACUUUGCCCAGACAACAAGGUUCCAAGAGGCUUGCUAGCUCAAGGCAGAGAUGCCAUAGCAGGAGCAGUUGAUUCAUUUACCCAUGCUAAACAAAUGGACAUUGUAAACGAAAAACGUCCAGAUUAA